AUGUCUGUGCAGGUCGCCAAGUCGGCGCCCGUGGACUUCACCCUCGCCAGCGAGAAGGAGCCCCAGAUUGAGAUCGAGCUCAUCCCCGGCACCCCUCCCCGGGAAGGACGCUACCUCGUCCAGUCGCCCUACGAGGAGUUCGACCACCUCCUGGACCUCGACACCCUCGACAAUGAGAACGCACUGCUCGCCAGGGCGUUGGCGAAGCUGCGAAACGUCCGGGAGGACUACGCGACGGCCCCCUAUGUGGAGUCGUUCAACUGGCCGGAGGUGAUUGAGGAGCUGAGAGCCAUUGCCAGGGAAUCCGGCAGCGGGUUCAAGAAGGCGAGUUUCUACGUCGUUGCGUUCCGGUCUCGGAUCAAGCCGGACACACAUUAUGGAGACUUGGGCGAGCUGGACAAGGCCGCCCACGCUGAGGCUAUUGCAAGUGGAGGUUUUCUCAAAUAUUGGUUCGGCAGCCCAGACUCGCAGUUGGCAAACCUGGCUACAUGCCUAUGGCGAAGUCGAGAGGAUGCCAUUGCCGGGGGCCGAGGGCCCGCGCAUAGAAAGGCUGCCAUGUCGACAAGAUCGCUGUACGCUUACUGGAAGAUUGAUCAGCAUCGACUGACAAUCUCCGAUAAUGUUGAUGAGUGGGAGAUUACGGAAUGGGAGUAG